AUGGCACCAAGCAUCAGUCCGAACCAAGUCGUGAUUCCGCGUGCACAAAAUAUAGUAGUUACAAACCGGUGCACCGAAUUGACGAUUGUAACGCGUUCGGGCAGAACAUUGUUUAACAGUGUCGGUUAUUAAGCUUUUAUUGCACUUAGAUCGUAAAAAAGUGUGCCGACGUUGUUAGACCAGAAUUUUUUUUUAAAUACACCAACAACAAUGAGAGUGAAUUUGACGUGAUUAUUAACUAAAAUCCAUUUUUUGGAUAACAUGAACGACCAUUGACCGGAAAACGAAGACUACAAGGAAAACAACUUUUCCCGAUCGUUUUGUUGCUUAAUUUUUUUAUUCAAGUCCAUUUUUGGAGUACUUAACAUUCAGAUAUCCUAAACGAUGGCUAUACAAUGGCAUGCUGGAAUUUUUAUAGUUUUGCAAUUAUUAACAAUGACGUUUUGUUUGGAAAACGGACUGGCCAGAACGCCCCCAAUGGGUUGGCUUGCAUGGGAAAGAUUCAGAUGCAACACGGAUUGUAAAAAUGAUCCUGAUAAUUGUAUUAGCGAAAGGCUGUUUAGAACCAUGACAGACAUUGUCGUAAAUGAGGGUUACUCAGCCGUUGGAUACGAAUACAUCAACGUAGACGACUGCUGGUUGGAUUUUUCACGAUCAUACGAUGGAAGAUUACAACCCGACGCUAAAAGGUUUCCUAGAGGAAUGGCCGACUUAUCUGAAUACGUUCACUCAAGAGGCUUGAAGUUUGGAAUAUAUGAAGAUUAUGGAAAUUUCACAUGUGCAGGGUAUCCUGGAGUCCUUGGAUCUCUAGAGUUAGAUGCGUUCACAUUUGCUGAAUGGAAUGUAGAUUUUGUAAAGUUGGAUGGAUGUUACUCGCUACCAAAAGACAUGGAUCAAGGUUACAGUGAAUUUGGUUAUCAUCUAAAUAAAACUGGCAGACCCAUGGUAUACUCAUGUAGUUGGCCAGUAUAUCAGACUUAUGCUGGAAUGCAACCAAAUUAUUCAGCUAUAACGGAAAGAUGUAAUUUAUGGAGAAAUUUUGACGACAUUCAGGAUUCUUGGGCGAGUGUUGAGAGUAUCAUAGACUACUAUGGUGAUCAUCAGGAUAUAAUUGCAGCAAAUGCAGCACCGGGACAUUGGAACGACCCUGAUAUGUUAAUUAUCGGAAACUUUGGACUUAGCUACGAGCAAAGUAAAGUACAAAUGGCUAUAUGGGCCAUUUUAGCUGCUCCAUUGCUUAUGUCUACAGACUUGAGAACUAUUCGUCCAGAGUAUAAAGCAAUUUUGCAAAACAAAAAAAUUAUUGCCGUCGAUCAAGACCGUCUUGGAAUUCAAGGACGAAGGAUUUACAAGCAUAAGGGCAUUGAAAUAUGGGCACGACCAAUUACGCCAAUUUUUGAAAACUAUUUUUCGUAUGCUAUUGCUUUUAUCAACCGAAGAACAGAUGGAACUCCAUCCGAUGUUGCUGUUACCUUGUACGAAAUGGGAUUAUUGUCUCCUACAGGAUACAAAAUUCAAGAUUUAUAUGAAGACGUUGACUAUGGCGUAUUAACUCCUCAAACGAAAAUCAAGGUCAAAGUAAACCCCACCGGAGUUGUUAUAUUGAGAGCUGACGUGCAACCCGGAUUAGUAAAUCAACAACCAUUUUAUAAACCGUAUAAUCCAUUUGCACAAGUAUAUUCUCCCUUAAGGACGUCUAACUCAUUUCUCAAGAAAUGAUCUAUUUUGCUUUUUCAAAUAAUAAAAAUUAUAUGUUUGAAUCAGCAAAACACACUCGUGUAAUCAAGCUUUCAUAUCAAAAUUUUAAAAUGAAGCCAAUCUUCGUAGUUAAAUGGAGUAUUACACUUAAAACGGGUUUGUAUACACGAAAAUAUAAAAACAAUUUUUUCGAACUCACUCUAGUUCAACAAUCAUGUUAAUAUAUUUUAUUGUAAAAAUUAAUGAAUAAAGAAAUUAUUAAUUCUA